GAAUGUGGGCGAGUGAGGACGCCCCGCACCUAACUGCGUUCUUGGGGACCGCAGCCUUCCCAAUUCCGGCAGCAUUUGCGCCGCGGCGCGGGUCAUUGCGUCCGGGCGCAGAGCUCCGACGGCUUCCAGCGCUCACCAGCUCCAGCCUCGCGGGCUCUGCCCCUCGCCGGUCCUGUCGCCGAGAGUCUGAGCGCCUCCCUCCAACCCGGAGCCGCCAGGAGAAGGCGGAGGCAGUGGAGAGGCCGCGGCAGGCAGGCAAGCAGGCUGGGCCGCCUUUGAUGUGGGCGCGGCGCACCCAGCCGAGCUGAGCGCCCGUCCGGCCGCGCCCCGAGGGGGGAGCCCCCGGGCCCCGCAUCCUCAUUGUGCCGACUCGGGCCCGGGCCCGCCCCCGGCCCCCCGCCCCCUCGCCGCCCGCGCGUAGAAAACGCCCCGGCCGCCGCCAGUGGUGGGAGGCGGCGAUGCGCACGGCCGGAGAGACGCGGAGGAGGAGACAUGAGCCGGCGGGCGCCCAGACGGUGCGGCCGUGACGCGUUCCUGCUGCAGCCGCGCGCCCCGGCCCUGGAGCGCUGACCUCUGGCCCCGCACCGCCCCGGGCCCUGGCCGGAGAGCGCGCCCCAGCUUCCAGCCCCGCCGCGCAUGCUGCCCCCGGAGUGAACCGAGCAGCCAGCCUCCCGCAGACGCCCGGACAGACGGACGGCUAGCAGUGAGCAAGCUUCCCCGCACCAGCCGGGCGCCUCUUGCACAGCGGCGGCCACCCCGUAGCCCCCGCGCCAGCCCGGAGGGCGCAGCGCUCGGGAGGAGCCGCGCGGGGCGCUGAUGCCGCAGGGCGCGCCGCGGAGCGCCCCGGAGCAGCAGAGUCUGCAGCAGCAGCAGCCGGCGAGGAGGGAGCAGCAGCAGCGGCGGCGGCGGCGGCGGCGGCGGCGGAGGCGCCCGGUCCCGGCCGCGCGGAGCGGACAUGUGCAGGCUGGGCUAGGAGCCGCCGCCUCCCCCCCGCCCAGCGAUGUAUUCAGCGCCCUCCGCCUGCACUUGCCUGUGUUUACACUUCCUGCUGUUGUGCUUCCAGGUACAGGUGCUGGCGGCCGAGGAGAACGUGGACUUCCGCAUCCACGUGGAGAACCAGACGCGGGCUCGGGACGAUGUGAGCCGUAAGCAGCUGCGGCUGUACCAGCUCUACAGCCGGACCAGCGGGAAGCACAUCCAGGUCCUGGGCCGCAGGAUCAGUGCCCGCGGCGAGGACGGGGACAAGUAUGCCCAGCUCCUAGUGGAGACAGACACCUUCGGUAGUCAAGUCCGGAUCAAGGGCAAGGAGACGGAAUUCUACCUGUGUAUGAACCGGAAAGGCAAGCUCGUGGGGAAGCCCGAUGGCACCAGCAAGGAGUGUGUGUUCAUUGAGAAGGUCCUGGAGAACAACUACACAGCCCUGAUGUCCGCCAAAUACUCUGGCUGGUACGUGGGCUUCACCAAGAAGGGGCGGCCACGGAAGGGUCCCAAGACCCGGGAGAACCAGCAGGACGUGCACUUCAUGAAGCGCUACCCCAAGGGACAGGCAGAGCUGCAGAAGCCCUUCAAGUACACCACGGUGACCAAGAGGUCCCGGCGGAUCCGCCCCACGCACCCAGGCUAGGCUGGCCCCACCGCAGCCCCCCAGGCUGCCCCCAGGCCCACACUCACACUCACAGAGAACUGCAUCAGAGGAAUAUUUUUACAUGAAAAAUUAGGAAGAAGCUCUAUUUUUGUACAUUGUGUUUAAAAGAAGACAAAAACUGAACCAAAACUCUUGGGGGGAGGGGGAGCGAUAAGGAUUUUAUUGUUGACUUGAAACCCCCUGUCUAUGACAAAAGACUCACGAGAAGGGACUGUUGUCAACGCACAGGUGCUUGUCUCUCUCUAGGAACCGACAACUCUAAACUUGUCCCCAGAGGAGGAUUUGAAUGAGGAAAACGACACUCUGAGAAACCAAAGUCCUUUUUCCCAAAGGUUCUGAAAGCAAAGAACAAAACAAAAACAAAAACAAAAACAAAACAAAACAAAACAAAAAAAAAGAAAAAAAAGAAAAAAGAGAAAAACAAAGAGAAAGUAGUACCCACCCCCAAACUCCCCUUCUUCUCCAAUCCCCCGUCCCUGUCCCAAUCUCCAACAAAAAUCGCUCUCUGGUUUGCAGUCAUUUAUUUAUUGUCCGCUGCAAGCUGUCCCGAGACACCGCGCAGGGAAGGCGUGCCCCUCGGGAAUUCUCGGCGCCUCGACCUCCGACCUCCGACGACAGACGGCCUCGUCCAAUCAAGUGACCCUGCAUUGCUCGCAGUUCUGGAGGAUGCUGCUAUCGACCUUCCGUGACUCACGUGACCUAGUACACCAAUGAUAAGGGAAUAUUUUAAAACCAGCUAUAUUAUAUAUAUUAUAUAUAUAUAAGCUAUUUAUUUCACCUCUCUGUAUAUUGCAGUUUCAUGAACCAAGUAUUACUGCCUCAACAAUUAAAAACAAUCGACAAAUUAUUUAAAAAA